CAAGCAGAUAAUUGGGUGAUGCGAUAAAAGAGGGCAUUGUGGAAUCUAUCUUGUCCAGUCGGUGGUUCAAGCCGGCUUUUUGACCUCAGUAUGAAGAUUUGUAUGAAAGAAUGAGAAUACAAUGACACCGCACACAACUCAAGUGCAUCCUGCUCCUAGAUAUUUUGGUUUUUCUGGUGAUAUGUCAAGGUGAUAUUUUCCGAACUGUGAUUUUCUCCCUUUUGGGAGGGGGCUUAGAGGUGGAUUCUGCCUCCAGGUCCUUCAUUGCGAUUAUUAAACUAGUGACAUCAUGCAGAAGCUCACAUGAAGAGGACACCACUAAGCUGAGAUGGUUUUGCACACUUCCCCCUUUCCCAGUAGCUUCCUCUCAUUCCUCAACUCCCUGUCCUGGGCAUUGAUUUUCCCUUGUUUCUGGUUCGGAGAUCGUCUCCUGGCCUCCUUCUUACCUACCACCUAUGAAAAACGUCAGAGAUCUGAUGACCCUUGUUAUUUCCAAGCACUUUGCAUUAUCAUCACUACUCCAAUUUACUUGGCCUUGCUAGUUUCCUCUCUUCCCUUUGCCCUCAUUGGUUUCCUGGUAUGGUCGCCUAUUCAAGCCGCCCGUAGACCUUACAUCUAUUCCCGCCUGCAUGAUAAGGCCAGGGCUAGUGGAGCCAACUUACUGACUGAAUGGAGAGCCACAGGAAGUACUAAGAGUUUCUGCUUUGGAUCUGCAAAUGUCUGCUUGUUGCCUGAUUCACUUGCAAGGUUUACAAACCUUUUUAACACUCAGGCACGGGCUAAGGAGAUUGGCAGAAGAAUACGAAAUGGGGCCAGUCGACCUCAGAUCAAGAUUUACAUAGAUUCUCCCACCAACACCUCAAUCAGUGCUGCAAGCUUCAGUAGUCUUGUGUCUCCGCAAGGGACAGACGUUACCCACCGAGCAGUCAACAUGGGCAUGAAGAGAACAACAUCCAUGGAAUACAAAGGAGAUAAUUCUGGGGAAAACAGCAGUGAAGAGGGUCGGGAUGGGAAGAAUGGUGGGGACAUGGGGGAUGGGGAAGAUAGUCCAUGUAUUAUCCGCAUCAGUGGGGAUGACAGCGGUCACAUAUCGGACACUGAUCCUGAUGCCAUGGUUGGACACGUGAAUGUGGCAUGCUUGGCCGAAACAGAGCCAGACUUCCAGAAAAGCCCAACCCCUAACCACAAGCACAGGGAGGGGGAUGGUGGGAGCCUGGACAGCUGUAACACCUCUCGUGAGUCUCUAGUCAAGGCCAGGAUGGCAGAUGGAACUACUGACCAAAGUGGCAUUAACAAACUUCUUUACAAGGCAUCCAUCAUUAAGAAAGCUGCAGCCCGCAAAAAAAAGCAUACGGACGAUAUCUUAGACCAUGAAAUAUCUGCCUUCUUCCCAGCCAACCUGGACUUCCUGUGCCUGCAGGAAGUGUUCGACAAACGAGCUGCAGAGAAGUUGAAAGAACAACUACACUACUAUUUUGAAUACAUUCUGUAUGACGUGGGGGUAUAUAGCUGCCAUGGCUGCUGUGGCUUUAAGUUCCUAAACAGUGGGCUCAUGAUCGCUAGCCGAUACCCCAUACUGGACGCUACCUAUCACUGUUAUCCCAAUGGGAGAGGAAUAGAUGCGCUGGCCGCCAAGGGAGCUCUGUUUGUCAAGGUGCAGGUGGGGACCACUCCUCAGGACCAAAGAAUUGUGGGAUAUGUCUCCUGCACUCACCUGCAUGCUUUGUCAGGGGAUGCAACAAUCCGAAGUGAACAACUAGACUAUCUCCAGGAGUGGGCGUUUGAAUUCCGUAAAUGUACCUCCUCCUCCAGUGCCGCAAAUCCGGAGGAGCUGGUGGCCUUCGAUGUUAUUUGUGGAGACCUCAACUUUGACAAUUGCUCAUCAGAAGAUAAGCUGGAGCAGCAGCACAGCCUGUUUACACAUUAUAAGGAUCCGUGCAGACUCAGUCCUGGAGAAGAGAAGCCGUGGGCAAUAGGAACACUCCUGGACCCAGAAGGGCUGUAUGAUGAAGAGGUGUGUACUCCGGACAAUCUGCAGAAGGUCCUGGAAAAUGAGGAGGGUCGGAAAGAAUAUCUGGUAUAUCCAACCAGCAAGAAUCACUGCCCCAACCAGAAAGGAAGGAAGGUUCCAUUAAAGGGUAGCGGGCGGCGGAUUGAUUAUAUGUUGUAUUCUGAAGAGGGGCUCAAUAUGGAGUGGAAAAUGGAGGUUGAAGAGUACAGUUUCAUCACACAACUAGCCGGACUUACAGACCACGUGGCAGUAGCAAUGCGACUGACCGUUUCUACAGGAGAAGAUGAGUCAUAAGCAGGACUAUGGACUCUGCCAGUAUUAAUGGGGAAAGUACACGUGGCCCAGGAGUUAUUCCAAGUCCCAGAAUCUGGUGCAGGGGGAUUUCUCCAGUGUCCUAUUGGAGCCACAUAGAGUCCUCCACCAUUUGGACUGCGUGAUGGAAGCAGACAGGAGGAUUGAGUUCAAAGGUUUCCUAUUUGGUGCCACUCCUGGGCACCAGAGCAGCUCAUGCAGUGGCCAGCCACACUCUAUUGUAAACCGGAAUGAGAGAAACCUAGAUCGAAUUCAGUGCCAUUCUUACCAAGAUGUUUUUAUACCACUAUAUAGCACAAUAUAGUUUGUAACCGUGAGAUGCUGUUCAUUGUUUCUUUUUUUUUCUUUUCCUUUCUUUUUUUGCAUAUUUUUUGUAUAUCUAAAGGAACAGAAGGACCAUUAAUCUUUUUACUUUCUAGGCUCUUGUUGUAGUUACGAACAGCUCCACUAGCAUGCGCUAUAAUUGCAUGAGGCUCUGCAUUACAGAAAAUAUUU